AUGUCACUUUUACUGAGAUCUGACACAAUGUCAGAUCUCUUUUUUUCGUAUAUAAGAGAUGAACUUUUUACGAAUGUCGGUCAAAAGUUUGAGACAGAGACCGUAAAGCAUGAAGGCUAUCGUUUUGACUACCCGUUAAGAUGGUUAAGAGACCCAUCUGUCACAAAAGCUAUUGGCUUUCGUAGAAUGAAGUUCAUUUCAGAAGCCAUACAUGGUUUCCCAUUUACAGUCGGUUUUGAAGUUCGAUACUAUAACAAAGAAAAACAUACGUAUGAGAAAUUUGAACAGGGAAAACUUUUACAAGUUAGUUUGCUUGUAAACUUAGAAACAACUCUUCAAGCUUUUCAAGAAAAAAUAAACGACAUCUAUAUCGAAUAUGCAAACCAGUAUAACAUUGACGAGGGAGAGUACCAUCUCGAUAUUAUAUAUGACAGGAAAAAUGCAACUGUUAAAAUCAAUAAAAUAGAAGACCUUGGAGAAAACGUUUAUAUUUCUACAAAAUAUAACAACUUGGCAUGGUAUAGAUUUAUGAGGAUGUUAAAUCAGCCUGCAGCAUAUCCAGUACACCCGGACUUUUAUGAAGUCGAAAACCCUAAUGGAACAUAUGAAAAUGUUUUCGACUCAGAUGCUAUUAUAGUUCAUGCUUCAUUUUCUGGUGCACAAAACUCUUUUUUAUGCUUGGCAAAUGACUUUUACGAAAAACCUACAAAGUUAUAUGAACCACCAAGUGGAAGUAUUUCAGACUUUCAAGUAUGGUUUACAACAGAUGGAAGAAAGAGAAUAGUUCCAUUAUACCAUGCGUUUUACUUAGAACUUAGUUUCAUAUACAACUACUAUCGAACGGUAAAAAUAUAA